CAAACAUUCAACACUGUAAAAGUACAAAAAUAAUGCUACCAUUGUAUAGGACGCUUAUAAAUACAUUCGUUUUUAAUAAUCAACAGUAGCCACACUUGUAAAGACUGUACAUGCGAUCGUUCUAGAAGCGUUUUGGCUCAUAUGAUGCUCAAUAAACUCACUAAGUAUAACUCGCGACGCAAGUGUCUUCAAAUAAUUCACAUGUACGCACUAUAGUAUCAUAUUAUAUGAGGUGGAUUACAGUUAAUAAAUAUAAACUUGUAAAAUACUUGAAACGUUUUAUUUUGACUGGAUAAUUAUAUAUUUUUUAUCUUUAUGCUAACAUGUAUUUUUUAUUAGAAAUUCUUGCACUGGCAUUAGUUUUCGUCGCAGGAAGCGAAACACGAUUGAAAAAUGAUAACGAAAAUGGAAGAAUUUUAAAAAUUGUGACCACCGGAAGUGACCGUAACUUAAAAAACGUAACCACCGGAAAUGGCCAUGAUCGUAGAAUUGAAAACACCGAAAGUGACCAAUAUAUACAUUCAGUUCUUGGAACGAAAAUAAUCGUUAGACCAGGACGCCAUGUUUGCACGGCGGAGAAGGUGAUAUCGAGGCCGGUCAAGGUCACACAGACUUACAAGAAGCCCAUCUAUACAAAUCAUCCGAGAGAUUGUGCAGACUUCAAUAAUUGUCCACAAUUCGAUGUCAGGUAUGAAGAAAAGAACAGGACGGUUUUUCUAUUACAAAAGUCUUCUUCAUUUCGGCAUAGUUGUUGUCCUGGAUGGACUAAAGGGAGCAAAAGAACCAAGGGGUGCAUGGCACCCAUUUGCACCAGCGGUUGCGGAGACUUCGGAGUUUGUGUUAAACCAGAAACAUGUCAAUGUCCUCGUGGUUUCGAAGGGGAGAUGUGUGAUACCGACAUCGACGAAUGUAGAAAUACUGAACAUGGUUGUCAACAGAUGUGCAAGAAUACCGCCGGAAGUUAUAUGUGCGCAUGUCAUACCGGAUUUACUUUAGCAGAGGACGGUAAAACGUGCGUUUAUUGCUACCCUUGUCAGAAGGAGUACACGGACAUGGUUCUUUCUGUAGAGAACGUGAAAAAACAAUUGUCAGAAAGUAUUUCUUUACAGUCACAGCAUACGCAGUUACUCAAAACAGAAGAAAAUGUUUUAACAAAUAGGAUAAAAUCUUUGGAAGAGAACAUUCGUAAUUUAACAGACAAAAAUACGGAACAAGAGCUGUUAAACAAAUCGGAGGAAAAUGCCUUGACAGAAAGAUUAAACACAUUAGAAGAGGCCAUUCGUGAUCUAACUGAUAGAAAUAGUCGAUUAGAAGAAGAUAUGAUAGAAAUUCGUGAAAAAUACGAAAAAGCCAAUCAGGAAAUAGAACGGCUGCAGAAUUUAUCCAUGGCGACACAAGCGCCGCCUAUUAUUCAAAUGCCUAGCCAGUCAACUACUACAAGGCCCACAACCACGGAGAGUACAACGACAGCAACAACGUCAUCGCAAGGGGGCAAUUAUGGCGGCGGAUUGCAAUUUAGUACAGACGAUAUGCUUUAUUCCCUAAGUAACCAAAUUGGGAUGAUGGAAGAGAAACUAGAACUUUGUAAUUGCCAUGCUCGAAGAAGACCUUGAAUUACUAGAGUGAAGUUUUCGAGCUUUAGAAAGUGAUGCUGAAUGUUAACUAUGGUGUUGGGCCAACUUCAAAGAAUAAAAGCUAUACUUACAUUAUCUUCAAGGUGUAUACAUGUAUAUGAUUUAUAUGAACAUUCAGUGGUGUUAUAUAUUUUUGUUAGUCCUUCGGGAUAAUUGAUUCCAGCACUCUAGUGUUGAAGAUUGAAUACCGCUUAAGCCGGUGCUAGGGGGGGGGGGGGCGUGAGAGAUACUGCACUUUUUCAUUAUCCCUCAUGAACAGAUUCAAUUAAAGACAGACUGCAAUUUUCAUAUUAUAUUUUUGCUUCUGAGGGAUCAUCCUCUUUUCCAGAAUUAUUGGGUUUUUUUAUAUUAUGAAAAUCACGUAAAUUUGCCAAUAUAAUUAGUAUUGCAUCAUAUAAAAUCUGCCCGAGCAGUAAAGCUGAUAUCAGACAUCUUAUUUUAAAAUUUUGAUAAGAAAAAAACAAGUUUAAAUAAUAUGUCGUUUAAGUAACAAUUUGUCUAGUUUUUUUUUCAGUUUGAAGAAAUUUGUUUAUGAGUUUUUAUAGAAACUGUGAACAGCUUUUAGUUUAAUUCGUCACAGGCGACAUACCAUUUCAGAAUGUAUUCUCAUUUUAUGUACAUAGCUGCGAAAAACACUAGGGCGUAUAACCAUACCAAUUUUCUGCUGUUGAAAUAAUCUGAAUAAUAACUUUUUUUCAUCAGAAUGCACAUAUCUUAUGACUGUGUUGACCCAAAAUGUAUUUGUACUUAAAUACCAGUGACAAUUAAGUUUUCUUAUUUAUUUAUGAGCGAUGCUGGAACAUAUGUCAUAGUUUUGUCAAUAGCCAUUUUUAUUUUCAUGCUUGAGCUAUGAUCACACAUACAACGUCAUGCCGCUAACAUAUUUUGAGAAGUAAAGAAUAUAAUCAUGACAACGGACAUUCCUUGUCCAUCUUCCAUGUUUGUGAUACGUUCCAAACAUUUUCUCACGUGCCAAUAUACGUGUACUAUAUGUAUAUAUGUUGACAGUAAGCUUCGUUGUUUUUUAAGUUUAUAAAAACAUAGCUUGCAGUUAAUAGGUACAUUUGUAAUUAAUAGAAACGUAUUUGUUUGAGCUUUUUGAAUGAGAUAUUGCUUUUUGUUUAUUUUUGUAUAAUAAUCUCAUGGCGGACUAUGCUUCAUGCAAACGGUCCUGCUAUGGUCGCCGGGAACAUAGCAUAAGAGAAAAAGACUGUGUUUUGUUUUAGUUAAUAAUUAUGAACUUUUUUGUAUACAUGUACAUGUAUAUGUGAAUAUUCUCCGUUUUUUCAUGCAGUUAAAACUUGAAAUUUAUUUCACGUUGUAUGUGAAAACUACUGCAACCAGACUAAUAUAAAUCCAUGCUUAAUUUCGUUUUUGUCUUAUAUGCAUUAGUGAAUAUGUAUCACGUGUAAAUAUUUUUAGCAUUAUUUUGUUAAUAAACUACAUGCAUUUACUUGCAAACAAAAAUUUG